GACCCCAAGAGUGUCCAGGGACUCAGGCCUCUGCCCAAGGUGUCCCCACAGGAACAGAGAGGGGUGAGAACGGAGCAUUCAGAGGGCACUGGUUUCUGGACAGCAAUGAGUGCCUGGGCCACACGGCCCCGAAGCCGGCGAGGGAGGCAUGCUACGCCAGGUGAACUGGAUCCCGUGGCCGAGAGUUCAGAGGAGGCUGAGGCAGCCAGUGGGACCUCCAAGCCCAGCCCUGUGCUGCCUCCAGACAGCUUCGGACCAGAGUUGUUGGGCCCCAUGGCAGGAGUCAGUGACCAGGGCCUAGGGAGCAGGACUGACAAGGAGACUGAUGGGGACUCUGGCAGAGGACCGGCCUCAGCCUCUGAGGGACCCCAUGAGCCUGCAGUGGAAGCCCACCAGGUCCCAGAGGCAGCCCUGCAGGACAGAGAGACUGUCUCCUCCGGGACUGGGACCCCUGAUGUGUUUCAGACCCUCCAACAUGCUCUGAGCUCCCUGGAGGCGGCUGCUGCUGCCUGGCGCCACCGACCCCCAAGCUGUCCUAGGCUGAUGGAGGCAGAGGGGAGAAGCGAGGGGGUCCCAGGGCCCCUCAGGAAGCAGGAGGGGGCAGGGGGCUGCCAGCAGGAGGCAGCUUGCCUGGCGGAGAGGAAUGCCUGGCUCCGGCUGGCCCUGGGCAGCCGCGAGAACGAGCUGGUCCGCACACAGGCUUCCCUGCAGGCCAUCCGGGCCGAGAAGGAGACGCUGCAGAGGGAGGUUCAGGAGCUGCAGGAUUUCCUGCUGAGGCUGGAGCCCUUCCCACCUCCCUCCCACAGCCAAGCCGCUGGCUCAGGCAGUGGUUCCAGCAGUUCUGGGGCAGAUGGGGAGCCCUGGGGGACUCAGGACUCCUUCUCCCUGGCUGACCCCCUGCUCCGGCGCCUCCAGAGCAAUUCUAGCACCCAGAUUCUUGGGUCUCUCCCGACCCAGCCCCUCACCCCUGAGAUGCACAUCAUGGAAACCCAGAUGGAGCAGCUCCAGGGGAGCAUCGAGAAGCUCAAAUGCUUUAACCGUCUGCUGUCAGCUGUGCUCCAGGGGUACAAGGGCCGCUGUGAGGGCCUCAGCAUGCAGCUCAGCCAGCGGGAGGCUGAGGCCACAGCACUCCGUCUGGCCUUGCAGUACAGUGAGCACUGUGAGGAGGCAUACGGGGCCCUGCUUGCUCUGCGGGAGGCCGACUCAGGAGCAGGGGACCUACAGGCAGCUGAAAAGGAAGCAUUGAGGCUGCUGGCACAAGAAGAGGCUGCCAUGGAUGGAGGAACACUGCAGGGUCCACAGCCAAGCCCGGAGGGCAGCAGUGUGGAUAAGCCCACACCACAGGAAGUGGCUAUCCAGCUCCGAGAUUACAUCCAGCGUCUCCAGGAGCGCCGUGCUCUGGUGAAGAUUCUCCCAGAGCCUGGAUCUACCUUGGCACCCAUGCCCACUGUGCCCCGUGCAGAAGCCAUAGUGCAGGCCAUUCUGGGGACCCAGCCUGGCCCAGCCUUGCCCCGGCUGGAAAAGAUGCAGAUCCAGCAGGACCUGGUGGACACAAGGGAGUCCCUGGCAGACCUGAUGCUGCGGCUGCAACUGGUGCGGCGGGAAAAGCGGGGCCUGGAACUGCGGGAGGCUGCGCUCUGAGCCCAGGGCCCGGCUCACGUGCUCCUGCUGGAGCAGCUGCGGUGGGAGCGGGCACAGCUCCGGGCUGGCGGGCCGAGUGGCAGUGGCGGAGACAGCAGCGGAGGUGGAAGCAGUGGGGACGAGGAGGAAUGGUCCCAGGGCCCUCCUGUUGUCCCUGGUGGCAUUGGUGGCAUUGAUGGAGGCCAGGUGGGCAGAGUGUGGGAUCCAGAUAAAUUAGCGCAGGAACUGGCAGCGUCGCUCACCAGGGCCGUGGACCUGCGCGAGCAGCUCCAGUCUCUGCGAGAGAAGCUGGAACAGGUGGCUCAGAAGGGGCGAGCCAGACGGGCUCAGGGUGCUGAGCUGAACAGCGAUUUAUGCAGAGCUCACAGCGCCCUGGUCCUGGCCUUUCGAGGAGCCCACCGGAAGCAGGAAGAGCAACGUCGGAAGCUGGAGCAGCAGAUGGCGCUCAUGGAGACCCAGCACGCCAAGGAGCUGGCAGUGCUAGAAGCCACUGCAGGGGCCCUGGGGAAGCCCAGGCCACCCCGCCUGCCUCCCCGACUGGGGGAGACCUUUUUGUAGGCCCCGCACCCAGCUGUGUCUGGAUGUGCCAGACAGUUGUGGCAGGCCAUGUCAUAAACUGUCCUGGA